AUGUCCAUUCACUAUGGACAUAAAGACGUUUUAGAAUAUUUUGAGACUCCUGAGGGUACAUACAAAUUGAAGUCUGUUUUGUCACCUAAAUGCCUGCCUGGUAUUCCCCCCUCUGGCCGCAUGUCCUCGGGUGUCGGGUAUGGUUUGUUCGCUGUUUACUUCCCUUUGCAGAUGUAUGAUUCGCUCGCCCCUGGAAAGCAGACAUUUAAAACAUCGACUCCCAUCUGCCAUGACUUUGGUGUUUCAUCUCUACUCCUCGUGGGUUUCUUCACGGGUGAGAUUCACAUGAUUGAUCCAUUCCACAAGGAACUUUGCAAGGUCUUCAAUGAAGAGAAAUACAUUGAGCGUUCACCAGUAACCUGCGUUAGGUGGGUCCCCUAUUCCACUAAUCAAUUCCUGGUUGCUCAUGCGAGUGGGCAUAUGUAUCUCUACAACGAAGAACUUUCAUGUUGUCCUACUCCUCCUGUGUACCAACUCUUCAAAAAGGGCUCCAGCUAUGUUGUAUACACUUGCAAAACGAAAUCGACCUGCAAUCCUCUUUACAAUUGGGCUCUUACAAACAUCCUUUCUGAUUCCGUUCAAUCGAAGAUUUUGGAUGAUUUUGACGCCUCUACUGCCCCCCUCUCUUCCAUCAAUCAGUUCUCAUUUUCUACUUGUGGGAAGUAUCUGGCUGUUGUGACUGAAGAUGGUUACCUUCGUGUCUUUGACUAUCACCGAAUGCAAUUAUAUGGUUUUAUGCGAUCAUAUUUUGGUGGUCUCACGUGCGUUGAUUGGUCACCGGAUGGCAAGUAUGUUGUCGUCGGCGGACAGGAUGAUCUCAUUACCAUCUGGUCCUUUAGCGCCCAAGCUGUGAUUUGUCGUGGCCAGGGCCAUAAGUCAUGGACCAGUGUUGUUCGCUUUGAUCCUUUUGUCUAUCCUCCCCUCUGCAAUGGUACCGCUGUACUACACGAUCUUGCUACGAGCUCGGAACAACUUACUCCAAACGGCGAUCCGCGCCAACAUCAUUUCUCUCCAUCCAUCGACAGUGACACAGCCUUCCGCACAUAUCGUUUAGGUUCAGUCGGUCAGGACACAUUUCUCUGUUUAUGGGAACUGACAGAAGACAUAAUCCGCCAGGGUCUUCGUUUCUCUUCACAUUUCCAUCAGUUCACAGUCAGGGGACGUCAAAAUUUGGAAGGUCUGUCUCUCUCUCCUAUUUCCAACUUUGUCUCAGCCGUUACUGAAGAUCCAGUGGAUGGGUCGGAGAAAAUUCGCUGUAUUCCCCGUAGCAGCUGUGGUGGUGGGGCCAAACGCAAGCCGUUUCUCAGUAGUUUUCGCUCCCCUUUACCGCUUGCCUCGCGUCACUCAGAGCAGAGUGAUGCGUCGGGUAAGUCUUCUGUCCUCUCGGACAAUGGGUGUCAUUCCGUUCUCGGCGACAAGCGUCCUGCCGAAGGAAUUAACGGAAAUAACUCAUCUACCAUUUUGUGCAGAGAGUGA